AAUAUAAAAGUAUAAAGCUUCCUUCUGUGCAGUCCUCCAGACUAUCCUCAAUAGCAUCGAAAACGUCAUCGUCUUGAUCUCCGUUACCGCGCUCUUCUCUGUAGAUUUACCUUUCGAUUGCAAUUCUAAAGAUUUAGGACUUGGAGGAUGGCAGCUAAUGAGGAAGGAGAGAAGAAUUCCUCUCGUGGAAAUGAGUGGGAAGUUGUAUCACUUACAGCAUCAACAUAUGCUGCUUCUCCCGGUCCAAAAGAAGUUGUAUUGAAGGAUGAAAACAACGACAACAGACACGGAGAGGAUGAAGCAGAAACUUCUCGUGCUCUGUUCAUGUCUGGCCACUUUGUCUUUCCACCGAACCAGCAUGAGAAUUUGCCAUUGGAGCCUGAUAAUAGUGAGAUUCUCAAUGAGCUAGUUGAGGAGAAUGUUGUCUCUGAACAUGGUGUGGAAGAAGGGGAUAAAUCUGGCGGGAAGGAUGAAGAAAAUUUUAAACUUGAGUUGAAUGUAUCUGAAGAGUUUCCUGGGAUACAGUUUUUUGAUGACAAGGAACAGAGUAUAUACGGUACAGCUACUUUUAGUUCUUACCACAGUGAAAGUGGACUUGAGGGAUCGGCUGCAUAUGGGGAGAAUCUGGUUAUUCCUGAAGUAAAUGAACAGGCUAAGGAGGCAUUGGAUUUCUCCAUGGACUCCCCAAAUCCUGCUAAAGAUGGUAAAUAUGAUGGGUCUGGCCUUCCAUGUGAAGCUUGGUGGAAGAGAAGGGCAGCUUCCUUGUAUAGUCAUGCAAAAGAGACCAAUGCAUUUUGGUCCAUUUUUGUUGCAGCGGCUGUUAUGGGCCUUGUAAUUCUUGGGCAGCGCUGGCAACAAGAAAGGUGGCGGGCUUUGCAACUCAAGUGGCAAGCUAGCAUUAAUGAGAAAAGUGGCAGGAUGCUGGGACCUAUAUCACGACUUAAGGAUGUGAUAGUGGGUGGCGAUCGCCGCGGAUCCCUUAUCGGGGGAAGUCCUUUAAGUGAAAAUUAAGAUGAUGACGAAAAUGUUAAAGGAGAUCGUUUCAGGGUGGUUAGAUUAUUAUUUUAUUUUGCUUUGUGGUUGACAUAUUUUUCUAAUGACAGAGCUCAGUAAUUAUGGUGA